CAUAGCGGGCAGGCAGAAGCAUCACAACGUCCCCGGCUCUCGUCAGUAGCAGCAAAGCAGCCCCCGGCCGCCAUGAAGUCCAUCGUCGUCGCGCUCGUGGUGCUCCUGGCAGCGGCGGCGUCGACCAAGAAGGUGGAGAAGCGCGGCCUGGGGGGAGAGGACGAGGGCUACUCGUACGGGCCCGCCUCCGGUCCCGGCUUGGCCUCCGGGGCCUUGGGCUUGAGCGCUGGGGCCAGCGCUGGCCCUAGCUCUAGCUUCAGCGUUGGGGCUAGCUACAGCGCAGGUCCUAGCCUCAGCGCUGCAGCUAGCUACAGCGCGGCUCCUAGCUACAGCGUAGGUGCUAGCUACAGCGCUGGUCCUAGCUACAGCGGAGGCGCCAGCUACAGCACCGGGCAGUCCGUGCAGGUGGCCGCCGCCCCCGUCGCCCUGCCGGCCCCGCACAUCGUGUCCGAGCACCACCACACCAACAUUCUGAGGAAGAUCGCCGUGCCUUACGCCAAGCCCUACACAGUCACCGUGGAGAGGAAGAUCCCCGUGCCCCAGCCCUACCCCGUGCCCUACAAGGUUGACAGGCCCUACCCCGUGGAGGUGCCCGUGCCCCAGCCCUACAACGUCGACAAGCCUUACCCUGUGCCCGUCGAGAGGCCGUACCCCGUGCAGGUGCCCCACCCCGUGCCCGUCGCCGUGCGCACCCCUGUGCCCGUGCCCGUCCACACCCCCGUGCCGGUGCCCGUCAUCAACAGGGUUGCUGUGCCCGUUCCCCACCCAGUUCAAGUGCCUGUGAUCGCCCAGAGCGCCCCCGUGAUCGCCCACAGUGCCCCUAUCAUCGCCCACAGCGCCCCGGCCAUCGCCUACAACGCCGCCCCCGCCUUGUCCCUUGGUAGUGCUAGCUUCGCUCCGGCCUUCAGUUCCGCCUCCUUUGGCGGCGCUCACCUCAACUCGGCAUCAUUCGGCGGCGCCCACUUCAGUGGGGCUCACUUCGGUGGCGCCUCCGCCGCACCAAUCGCCUACGGCCAGUCCUUCGGCUACGGCGCUCAUUACUAAUUGCUCAAAUUGAGUCAUCAAUAAUUGCUUCGCCAACGAAUUCCUAGUCAAUUGUGAUAAACCAUGUAAUAAAAAUAUAAUACAUAUGGUA